CCAGGGGCUUCUGCACUGAAAGCCAGCCUCGUUGGAUAUAACAACACCACACCUUCCGCGACUGUGAUAUGUUUAGUUGUCCAUCAGGAUUCAAAGAUAUUAGCAGUACUAUCGAAUCAAUUCUGCUCCCGCCUCAGGCAUUCAAAUUCAACGUGGCCAGGUCCCCUGAUACAACUCCGCAUUACCCUUAAAACUCGAUUAAAACCCACACCAAUAACGGGAGCCGCCGCGUCGCCAACCUUGAAAUCGCCCACACUGUGUACGGACAAGGAACAAUGCAGGCGAUGGAGCAAGACUUCGUUUUGGGCUAUCCGACAGCUUUCAGCCCGGUCGCGUAUGACUGGUCCUAUCCUUCGUCAGCUUCUUCGGAUCAAAGUCCAACGGACAUCUUAGACCUUUUGUUCGAAUCGGCUCAAAACUCGCUGGGCGUCCAAUCAAGCCACCAUCGAAAGGAGAGUGAUUCCCAGCAAUCGCAAGCCAGUCUUUUCGGCAACACAUUCUCCCAGCCGUCGUCCGUUGAUUUGUCAGGCGGUUAUGCGAGCAGUGAACACUCGGAUGACUUCUGGACAAAGGAGGCCGUCGCUACCGACUUUGGAGAUUUCCCCUCAGACUCGACAGUGACGGAUUCCAAGAUGAUGGACCGCAAACACCGGCGUCGCGAGCAGAAUCGCAAAGCCCAAAGCAAUUUCCGACAAAAGAGGAAGGAAGAGGUCCGCCGUCUUGAGCAGGAAGUCGAGGAACUCAGAGCCCAGAUCGCCGGAUACCACAAGCGCGGUCCCACGGUGGCCCUGACUAUCUGCACUAGAUGUCGCAACUUCUUCCCGACAUCGGCGGGAACUGCGAUGCCUCAUUCUCCAAACUCUGGCGCUUUUGGCUCUGUUGAAUCUGGUUGCGAAAGUUGAAAGCGCUCGGGGUCGACGGACUUGUAUCGCGGUAAACCUCUGGGGGGCGCGAUGACAGCUCUGCCUUCGAAGACACACCAUGCACGUUUGAAUGCCAACACAGUGAUGAAGUCUCGUUCGCGUCCUCAUGUCCGAACCAAGAAUUGCAUAUUCUUGCCAUUGUGGCUCACGGUAUCUCAUUAUGCUCCCGACAGUGGCCACCCGAGAAAGUGCAUGAUUCCAUCAUUCCCUCUCCGGCUAUCCAAUGGGUAGUCCAAUUCCUUCGGCCGUGUUCGACCACAGAAACAGGCAUCGGACUGAGACGUCCGGCCGGAGGCGCAGUUCUGAUCUGAUAGGUGCAGGAUGGGUUCUGAGGGCCUAUAACCGACCAGCCGAGCUUCAUGGAUGAGCUUACCGCUGACAUUGGGUAUGAUUACUCUGUAAGAAGGUCGACACAGUGUGGACAUGACCGGGUGACAGCUUUGCUCCAUCUGACGUGCACCGGUUGAGAAAGGCCGUGCGUUUGGACGCGGGACUAUCGGACAGAAAUUGGCGGUGUCCGUGAUUCAUCCUCAUCCUCGGUAGAUUCUUCUGCAUUAGCCAAUGAACAGUGGUAUGGUCUUAGUUCUAACCUACAACGACUCGCUUCUGCAUAAUUUGCCUUGGAGGCCUGAAGUUUCUCCGCUCAUACGUCAAGCGAAGGGAAGUACAGAGUAUGAUGACAUGAUAAAACCUCA